AUGGAGAUGUUUUCGCAUGUGCGGCUUCAUGGUUUGACCCCGAACUCCUUCACCAUGGUAGCUAUUCUAGUUACCUUGAAGGGCUUAUUAGACCCGAUGCUUGGACAUUCUAUCCAUGGAUUGAUUAUCAAAACUGGGUUAGCGUCCAAUUUGACAGUCGGGACUGCCAUGUUAGAUGCGUUUGCGAAAUGUGGGAAUAUUGUUGACUCAUAUAAAUUAUUUGAGCAAAUAAGGGAGCCAAGCUUGGUAACCUAUACUGCGAUGAUUUCUGGAUUUAUCCACAACGAAUUAUUUGAAGAAGCAUUUAUGCUAUUUAACCAACUCCGGCCAUCUAAUGUGUUGCCAAAUUCAGUUACCAUGUUGAGUGUUAUCCGGGGCUGCAUUGCCUUGGAGUCACGGGGAUUGAGCGAGUCUGUUCAUGCUUUCGUCCUAAAGACAGGGUUUUGUUCUUAUCUGGCUGUCAUCAAUGCAAUUCUGGACAUGUAUUCGAAUUUGGAGGACUUGCAGGCAGCAACUAAGGUCUUCAACAACAUGACAUCCAUGGAUGUCAUCAGUUGGACUACGAUGGUUGGUCUGUUGGUCCACCUCGACCUAGCUUCUGAGGCUCUUAAGCUGUUCUGCAGAAUGAGGGAUAGCGGUUUCAGUCCUGAUACAGUAGUUCUGGUUAAUCUCACUAGAGCAUGUGCGUUAUUGGGAGAUCUGAAUACUGGGAAAGCGAUUCAUGCUCUUGCUGUAAUUCACGGGUACGGAUUGGAUCUUCAUCUUCUAAACUCUAUUCUUGCAAUGUAUUCCAAGUUUGGGUGCCUUGAUUCUUCAAAAGUCGUCUUUGAUCGGAUGGCAGAGAAGAGUUUGGUCACUUGGACGGCAAUGAUAUCAGGCUACUUACAGAAUGGAUGGCCUAAAGAAGGUUUAAAUUUGCUGAUUCAAGUAAGAAGACUAAGUUUUCAUAUCGAUUCCGUAGUACUGGUAAAUUCACUAGCAGCUUGUGGUCAACUAGCCUCUUCAGAUCUCUGCAAGCAGCUCCAUUGCUAUAUCUUAGUAGUUGGCUUUGCUCGGUACAAAUCAGUUCAAAAUAGCUUAGUAUCAGCAUAUUCAAAAUGUGGGGAUAUUGAAAGUGCUCAGAGUGUAUUCAAGGAGAUAAUUUCUCCAGAUGUUGUCUCGUGGAAUGUGAUCAUAUCUGGAUAUGGGAUCAAUAGUGAAGGAGAAACUGCUGUGUCUCUAUUCAGAGAAAUGGAAAGAAGCGGGAUACACCCAGACAAUGUUACUUAUCUGAAUGUGUUAAGUGCGUGUGGUCAUUCAGGGCUGAUUGGUGAUGGGUUAGUGAUUUUCAAUCAGAUGGUGGAAGAGAAGAGGAUUGCUCCCAGUGGGGAACAUUGUGGGUGCGUUGUUGACUUGCUUGCACGAGCAGGGCGCUUAUCUGAUGCAAGUAUAUUUAUGAACACAAUAUCGGGAAAAGUUGGCCCGAAUGCUUGGAGAGCUUUGCUUGGUGGGUGUUGGAUGCAUAGUGAUGUAAGGUUGGCAGAACUUGCUGCAAGUAGGUUGCUUGAGUUGGAACCAGAAGAUACAGAUUGUCUCGUGGUUCUUUCGAAUGUUUAUGCGUCUGUUGGAAGGUACAAGGAAGCAGAAGCUCUGAGAUCAAGUAUGAUAAUGAAGAGGUCACAAAAGAGCCCUGGGAUGAGCUUGCUCAGUGGGCUGCUUGACGAUUUUGGUUAA